AUGUACGCGUCGGAUCAGCGAUCGGGCGCCCAAAUUACCAAAAUCUCUGGCAAGCAGCAGUCAUCCUCAUUUCCAGAGUCUGGAUCUGACCGGAUCAUACAGGGUCAGAAUGCAUAUCUCCGGCAAUGGAAGGGCAAGUUCAAAGACUAUAUAAACUUACUCAUGGUCAGAGAAGCCCCUCUGGCAGACCGACUUUGCUCAGUGUGCAAGAAGGAUGGGGUGUAUAAAUGCCAUGGCUGUUUCAAUGAGCCCCUCUUUUGCACAGACUGCUGCAGAAUCCAGCAUCAAAGACAUCCAUUCCAUCGCAUCAGUCAAUGGACUGGAUCAUUUUUUCAAGAAACUUCGCUCAUUAAAGUCGGCCUCCACAUUCACCUCGCUCAUGACAGCACUCCAUGUCCCAGCAGCACAGAUUACAUGUCAGACGUCUUUGAAUGGUCAGAUACCAAUGAAAAUAUAGACUACAACAACUAUCCGGAGGGACCUUCUACCCCACCGGUCACAAAUUCAGAUCAUCCGGCCAUAACUGUAGUGGACAAGUCCGGAGUUCACUCUCUUUCCAUAUGGUAUUGCCACUGCCCUGGUUCUCUCAACCAAGAUAUGCAGCUCUUCCAAGCAGGCUUGUUCCCAGCUUCUUUCACCAGACCAAAAACUGCAUUUACAUUCUCUGUCUUGGAUGACUUUCUGCUAGACAAUCUCAAGUGCGGGACAUCAGCAAUGAAUUACUACAGCAAAAUUAGCAGACUAACCUCAAGCAUCUUUCCACUGAUGGUUCCAGAUUGCUACAGAGAGCUCAUGAGAACUUCCAGGCAGUGGCGACAAUGCAAGCUUUACAAGUGGCAUGGAUUUGCCCACAAAGAUGACCAGCCAACGGCCGGUGAUCUCGCCCUAUUUUGCCCUGCAUGUCUGCAACCUGGGAUAAACUUGGACCUGUCUACCGGUGUAGUCACCCAGCCUGACGAUGCACCUUCUUGGCUCAUCACCAGGUCUUUGGUCAUGGAUGGUAAUUUUAAAGCCGAGCACAUGCAUCCGGUGAAUCCAUCUGACGAAGUAUCAUUGAUGGAUGGUCUCGCAUUCAUGGUCUCCGAUGAAAGAUACAAGAGUCAUUUGUCCAUUGCUCAAGACCAUGUCCAAAAGUCAGAUUGCAACAAUCACCAGGCGGUCAAUCAAGCAAACGCCUCCCGGCAAAGGCUGGAAGCCACUGGUAUAGGAGGGUGUGCAUGUGCACGGCAUGGAUGUUUUGUCCCACAUUCCAUGGUGGAUUUUCAGAGGGGUGAAAGGCAGAUGAACAUGGACUAUGCGUUGAGUCAAGCACUCAACUAUAAGACCGAUGGAAUCUCUCGAGCCAUAACUUUCUAUGACAUAAAUUGUCAGUAUAACAAGUAUUUGAAGGACCGGAUCACUUCCAGUAUAUAUCUUUCCAUCCCCAUUGGCAUGGAUAUCAUUCCCGGAAUAGGUUUGUGGCAUGUACAUGGCCAUCAAGGCAGCUGCUUUGUCCGGGCUGGCAGGAUAGACAGAGAGAUCAUGGAGACCCUCUGGGCACCUUUGAAUAUCAUCUCCCCAUCAGCCAGGGGCAUGGGAACCCCGCAUCACAAGGAGGUAUUGGAUUAUCAGAUGAAUGAUUGCAACUUCAUGAAAAUGAUUUGCAUCAGUAAGUCGCCCACCUCCGGAUGUUCAAAUAUAUUCCGAAAGUUAAAAGGGGCAAUCAAGGGUGCUGUGGAGAGCAAAAUUGCAUUCCAAAAUCUCAGUGAAACAGCUCACCCUGACAUGGUCAUUCUUUGGGAGGCAGAGGAGGCACUCGCUCAUGCGAACAGACUGGAUGAUCCGACAGCUAUGGACAUCUAUGAGGUCCAGUUGGAAAAGGGCUCAAAAUCGCCCGGAACAUCUGGUCGCCAAGGAGCUGCCACCUGGCUUGCAACCAGUCUCACCAUAGAGGAAUCUCAAAUCUCUCUUGCUAGGGAUGUGAAAUGGCUGGGAAAGCAUCCCACAGACAUGCAAUUAUUGAGAGUGGCCCGACUCCAAGACAAGCUUCAAACUCACAUCACAAGCUUUCUCAUGGUGGCACCUACUUAUCUCGGAGUUCAAGUCGAUGUCAACGACCCGGAUUUGCUGGUCAACAGAGUUUGUAAUUCACUCCCGGAUGAUUAUGAAGACAACUCCAAUCUCGAUGAUGAUCCGGAGCCGGAUAUACAUGAUACUUCCAUAUUUCAACCGGAGCUCACUGUCAUACCCCUGCCAUCCAAUAUUGAAGAAACUACCCUUCAGGAAGGCCAGGCCAAUGAUGCACUCCAUGCCAUUAGAGUUCAUUUGGGAGAUAAAGCCGUCAUAUUCCGCAAUACUGUCUGGUCAGCCAAGUCACAGGCCUCAUCCACCAGGGCAUGGACUCAAGUUCGCUCAGUGGAAACAGCAGUAAAUCUCAAUGCCAGUAUAUAUUCAAAAUGCAGGUUGCAACUGGCUAAUCUCCCUGACCAUGACCUCUUGAAGAAAUACCUUCCUUUGAAGAAAGAAGACCUGAAAGCAAGCUCUGCAGUGGCUGAUCCCAAUGCACAUGGUCAGAGGGACACGACUCUUUCAUGGUUCUGGUCCUUGGAUGUUCAGGGCGACACAUCAGGCAAUGACUGGAUGAUGGAAUUUUAUCGGGUGAAUUGGCUCUGGACGAAAGCACUGCAUGAUCGUUGGAAUGAGGAGUUCAUGCCACCGGUCGGAUGGUUCAUGGUACCGGUCAGAUGGUUCAUGCCACCAGUCGGAUGGUUCAUGGUACUGGGCAGGUGGUUCAUGUUACCGGUUGGAUAUAUAGUUCAUGGUGCCAGGUGGAUAGUUCUUGGUACUGGUUGGACAGUUCUUGGUACCGGUUGA